AUUUUUAGUAGUACUUUAACUACCGUGCAACAAUGUCGACUAAAAGUGUACCAGUUGCAAUGAAAAAUGAAGAUGCAAAUAAACCCUUGAAAUAUAAACUUGUAGCCCCAGAAGGAGGAUGGGGUUAUAUCGUUGCUCCCGCGACAGCAGUCAUCGUGAACGUAACUGCACAACCAAUGUGUGCCUUUGGUUUAGUUUACGGAAACUUCCUGAAGACAAUUGGAGAUGAGACUACAGGGACAACUCUAGCUAAUGGCGUUUUUAAUACGGUCUUUUCGUUCACUGGGUUGCUAUCAAACUAUUUAUUAAUGAAAUACUCCUACAGAACAGUUGCUCUAAUUGGUGCCGCGGUUUUUGCAAUCGGAUCAUUUUCUACAAUAUUUGUCGUCAAUUUAUAUCAACUGGUAAUUUCUUUUGGUGUCAUACAAGGAGUUGGAUUUGGAUUGCUUCUUCCUGCAAGUUAUUCCGCUGUUAAUGCCUUCUUUCAAAAGAAAAUCAACUUAAUAAUGGGCGUCUGCCAAGCCCUGAUGGCGGCUAUGAGUAUUGUAUCACCAGCACUUUGUGGUCUUUGCAUGGAAUACUUCGGCUUCAGGGGAACUGUAGCGUUAUUGGCUGUUUUAAGUCUGAAUGCUUUUCCCGGAGCUCUCAGCCUUUUUCCUGUAAAAAGUUAUUUAAAAAAGGAACAAAUAUUCGAUGAUGAAAACGUGGAUAACAAUCAAAGAUCCAAGUCUGUUUCCCUCGGUGAGGAAGUAUUGAAGAGUCAGGUCACACCAUUGAUGGUGGAAGAAGGUACAGGUGAUGUCAGGAAAAGGAACCUACAAAGGUUUUAUAGAACUGACCCCAGACCUUCAAUUUCUAGUCUGGGUGAAGGUUAUCUAUCAAUUUCCACGACAAAUGUAGCAAAUCUGUAUGGAUCUAAGAAAUCUUUGCCCAAGGAGGAACCUAAAACCAAAAUGUUCGACUUGUCUUUGUUUAUGGACCCAGUUUUCAUGAACAUCUCCAUUGGCAUGUCUUUGGCAUUCACUUCCGAUAUGGUCUUCAUUUCAAUCAUGCCAAUUUUGUUUAAAGAUAUGGGAUUCACCACUUUUGAUACUGCCAAAUUUAUGGCUAUUUAUUUCAUAACAGACUUCUUAAAUAGAUUAUUAUUCUCGUUUUUGUCUACGUCAAUUAAAGUCAGGAAUAGGUAUUUGCUUUUUACUGGCGUUACUCUAACGGCAGCAAUCAGGUGUGGUUUGUUUGUAAGUCACAAUUACACAUGGAUCUUGUGCACUUGCGGCGCUUUGGGUUUCUUUAGAUGUCUGAUCCAGACUCCUUUGCCGUUGGUUUUUACAGAAGAAUAUCCCACUAACUUUUCAACAGCAUUCUCCUUGUUCAUGGUCGUAUGUGGUGUCAUAAGUUUGGUCUUUGGGCCACUCAUGAGUUUUGUAAAGCAACAAACAGGAACUAAUGAUAUGGGAGUUCAUGUUUUAACUUUGGCAUUGGUUAUUUGUUCAGUUUCUUGGACAGUGGAGCUGUUAGGUUCCAAAUUAAAAUCGAAAACCGUAAAAAACGACAGUAAAUAAGAAAUAAUGUGUAAAUUUAUAAAAAGUCUUCAUUUAUUAGAAGAUAAUUAUUUAUUAUUAGAUUUAUAAUAUACACAUAUUUUUUCAAA